AUGCGUCAACUCACCGAAGAGGAAACCCGGACUCUGUUCGAGAAGUUGGCCAAUUACACUGGAAGGAGUCUUAACAACCUGAUCGCUCCUCCUUCUGCCUCCGAAGAUGCCAACGACCGCUAUGUUUUCCGUCUCCACGGCAGCAGAGUAUACUACCUGAGACUUUCCCUGGCGAACCUCGCAACCAGCAUCCCUCGCGCCAACCUCCUCACCCUCGGAACCUGCAUCGGAAAGUUCACCAAGACCGGAAAGUUCAGAAUCCAGCUUACGGCUUUGGAUGUCCUCGCUCCCCAUGCGCGCUACAAGGUGUGGAUCAAGCAGAACGGUGUGAUGCCGUUCCUCUAUGGCUCCAACGUGGCCAAGGCCCACGUCGGAAGAUUCAGCGAGGACUGCCCGGAGAAUGCGGGUGUCAUUGUUAUGGAUAUGAAUGAUACGCCAUUGGGAUUCGGUGUGACUGCCCGGUCGAGUGCUGAGACCCGGAGACUGGAGCCCACAGCCAACGUGGUGUUCCGUCAGGCAGAUAUUGGAGAGUACCUGAGAGAGGAAGAUACUCUGUUUACGACCUAA